AUGCGUUCGCUGGCUGGGAGGGGCCUGCCGCUGCUGCAGAGGUCGUGUCCGGUGCAGCACCGGCUGCGCGGGCGCCCGUUGCUGCGGCACGGCGUGUCCGCGUCAGCCUCCAACCCAGGCCCUGGGAACGGCAACGGGGGAGGCGCCGAGGGGCCCAAGCCGAGCGACAACCGCGGCAAGAAGUCGACGCCGCUCAACGGCAAUGGCGAGAGCUCGGGGAUGAAGGACCUCCUGGGCACUGCGAUCCCGCAGUACCUGCAGUCGGAGCCCGCGCACUCGUCCAAGACCAAGAAGCACCUCAGCUCGGCGUCCCAGGCCGCCCGCCGCCCCGCCGACGACGACAACGCCGGCUACAAGGUCGACUACGGGCAGCUCGUGUGGGAGGUGAUCCGGCGCGAGGCCGAGCGCGACGCCAAGGCGGAGCCGGUCCUCACGUCCUUCCUCCACGCGUCCAUCCUCUCGCACAACAACCUCGACCGCGCGCUCGCGUUCGUCCUCGCCAACCGCAUGGCGUCGCCGACGCUCCUGGCGACGGAGCUGUUCGAGCUGUUCUACAGCAUCCUGCGCGACAGCGAGGAGGUGCGCUUCGCGGCGCGGUGCGACAUCAUCGCGGCGAUGGAGCGCGACCCGGCCUGCACGUCGUACUCCCAGUGCCUGUUAUACUACAAGGGCUUCCACGCGAUCCAAGUGCACCGGAUGGCGCACUCGCUGUGGGGCAAGGGGCAGCGCGUGAUGGCGCUCGCGCUGCAGAGCCGGUCGUCGGAGGUGUUCGCGGUGGACAUCCACCCCGGCGCCACCAUCGGCAAGGGCAUCCUGCUCGACCACGCGACGGGCGUGGUCGUCGGGGAGACGGCCGUGGUCGGGGACUACUGCUCGCUACUGCAGGGCGUGACGCUGGGUGGCACGGGGAAGGACACGGGCGACCGGCACCCGAAGAUCGGGCAGGGCGUCCUCGUGGGGGCGUACGCGACCAUCCUGGGCAACAUCAACAUCGGCACCGGCGCGCAGAUCGCGGCGGGGUCGCUGGUGCUCAAGCCCGUCGGGCCGCACGAGAUGGUCGCGGGGAGCCCGGCCCAGCUCGUCGGGAUGGUGGAGGGCGGCAGUCCGGCGCUGAAAAUGAACCAGUGGCAGCCGGGCGCGGAGAAGUGCAUCUACGAUCCCAACGACCCGGACUGCAAGCUCCCGCGGCCCGUGCUGGACGACAACGAGAUGUCGCGCGUGGAGGGCAAGAGCCCGCCCGCGGAGAAGGCGCGGCGGUCCCCGAAGGAGGGGUCGAGCGGGGCGCAGGCGGUGGCGCGCGGCGAGGAGGCCAACGGGGCGAACCGCGCGGACGCCGAGGUGCCGAAGCCGUCCACGUGGCCCAAGGUGUUCAACAAGGGCGCGGACGGCGACGCGCCGGACUGGAUCAUUUGA